CAGUACGGUACCCUUGAAGGUACUGGCCUACUUAACGUAGCCAAAUGCGCAUCGCUCCCAUAAGUGAUGGAUUGCGGCUUUCUUACUCACUCCUUAAGGCUCUUACAGCCUUCAUAACCACAGGCGCCUUGCAUGUUCGCAAGGCUGGCCUUGACAUAGGCAUUCAGUAAUUGGAGGCACUUGUAUACGCAAUGGAGUCGUUCCAUAGCAUCGCAAUUGUUGGCGCCGGCUUGUCAGGGCUGUAUGCGGCUCAACUACUUAAGGACCAGUUUCCCGAUUUGGUUGUCCUGGAGUCUCAGAACCGCAUUGGCGGCCGCAUUAAGCAGAUCCAUGGCAUCGCUCCAUGGCCAGUGGAGGCCGGCCCUGCUUUCGUCCACGGCCGCAACUCCGUCUUCGUCCGAAUGGCCGAGAAGGAGCUCGGUGUCGUGUUCGGCGAGAAGGAGUGGCCUGAAUGGUGGUAUUUCAACGAGAAGAUGGGCGGCCAAGGCCUGAUCCAUGACGAUGAUGUUGACGAUGAAGUCGACAAGGUUCACGACCUCAUGACCACAUGCGGCGAGUCGCAGCACCCGCCGCCGGGAGCCGACCAAUCAGCCGCCGAGUGGCUCGCCGCUCGCGGCUGCUCGGCUCGGCAGUUGGCGGUUGCGGACGCCUGCUACGCCAACGACUUUGCCUGCUCGCUACGGCAACUGGGAGUACGGGAGAUGGUUGAGGAGAACAAGCACUGGGAUGACGGCGAGACCUACCUCCUAAUGGAUCGUCCCAUGAGCUCCGUUAUCACCCACCUCGCCCGCGGAGUCAACAACAUCCGCACCAACUGGGUCGUCGACAGCAUCACCUACGCCGCCAACUCCGAUAGCAACAGCAGCAGCAGCAGCAGCGACCAGACAUCUGCGG